CGUGACGUGUGCUUGUUCAGCCGCUAGAGUAGCAGGAAGUAUGAUGGGGGUUUUGAGAGAGAGGCUUGGAACGCGGAAGUCCGAAGUCCUGCAGCGAGGUGCAUAGUCUAUGUGCUGCUGACCAUGUUUAUACCGUGCUAAGCUGCUGGAGAAUACUGCCUGCACUACAUGUCACAAUGGCCAAAGCAGUAGCUGGAAUGGUGACUGUCUUGGAGUCAUACAGAGGGAGAGACAGACUGAUGCGAACGUUGUGCUACAGCUGCCAGUUACUUGGGGGUGUCAUUACACAGAAGCAUGGGGAUAAACAGCAGUAUGGAAAAGGCUUUCUCAUUAUAGCUUCACAACUAAGCCAUUGCCGGACUGUACUGAGGCUGUUUGACGACCUGUCUAUGCUUGCAUAUUCUUUUCAAUAUGGCCUAGGCAAAAAGGAGGAGGACCGUCUUAUCCGAUGGAUAUCUGUGAUUGGUAACAUAAUUGAUCAGCUCUACUACCCGUGUGAGCAUGUGGCCUGGGCUGCUGACGCGGGGGUGAUUCGCACCAAAUCUGAUAUUUGGUGGACUGCCAGCACUGCUCUGUGGGGUCUUUCACUUUUAGUAGGAUUAAUAAGGUCUUUAAGAAUUUUACUGAAACUGAAAAGAAGUAAAGGAAAACAUUCUGAGAAUGGUAUGCCAAAAAGCCGGGGUGAAAUAAAAUUUCAGAUAAGGUCAGAAAUUUUGUGCAUCGUAAGCUGUAUCUCCGAUUUGACUAAUGCCAUCCACUGGAUGCCACCUGGUUUUCUGUGGGGUGGAUGCUCUCCUACAUGGUUUGUGGGGCUGAUGGGGACAAUCUCGUCAUUGAUUGGAAUCUACCAGACUGCUGUUGGGGGAAGUGCUGCUGGUGUAUGAGAUCAAGAACACAAGAGUAGGCUUUAAACCUUGUGGGUUCACCUUGCCUCCUGCCUGAAUUAUGUUUCUAAAACUGGACUGAUCCGCUGUUGUUAAAUGCUGACAUAAAUAAUCAGUGUGUGGUAAGCAAAUUACUAUUUGGGCUCAAUCACAGUAGUAAUCUGUGUGUACCGCAAUGCAGGUAUCUCAGUAAUUUGCUUGACUAGGAUUUUAAUUUUUUAAUAAAAUGCAGCUGGAUACAAUUUUAAGUUAA